GGUAUGUCAGGCGGCUGCCGAGCAUUUUCCUUUUCUCUCCGAGCAAGAUGGCUGGGGGUGAGGGUGGAGUGACUCUCGGUCAGCCCCAUCUUUCCCGACAGGAUCUCGCCACAUUGGAUGUUACCAAGUUGACACCACUUUCACAUGAAGUUAUCAGCAGACAAGCUACAAUUAAUAUUGGUAAGAUAGCUUGUUGGGCUAAAAAGGGUGUAAGAAAGAACCCACAAAAAAUCAAUAGUUUGCAUAUGGUUUUGAUUGAUCUUAAGGCUGAUUGUUACUUCUCAAUCGUCAGGCAUGUUUCCUUUGUUGACUGUCCUGGCCAUGAUAUUUUGAUGGCUACGAUGCUGAACGGUGCAGCAGUGAUGGAUGCGGCUCUUCUGUUGAUAGCUGGGAACGAAUCAUGCCCUCAGCCCCAGACUUCCGAACACCUGGCUGCCAUAGAAAUCAUGAAACUCAAGCAUAUUUUGAUCUUACAGAAUAAAAUUGAUCUGGUAAAAGAAAGUCAGGCUAAGGAACAAUAUGAGCAAAUCCUCGCAUUUGUGCAAGGAACUGUAGCAGAAGGGGCACCAAUUAUUCCAAUUUCUGCUCAACUGAAAUACAAUAUUGAAGUUGUCUGUGAGUACAUAGUGAAGAAAAUAGUCAUCAGGUCAUUUGAUGUCAACAAACCUGGCUGUGAAGUGGAUGACCUUAAGGGAGGUGUAGCUGGCGGUAGUAUCCUAAAAGGAGUGUUAAAGGUAGGCCAGGAGAUAGAAGUGAGACCCGGUAUUGUCUCCAAAGACAGUGAAGGAAAACUCAUGUGUAAACCAAUCUUUUCCAAAAUUGUGUCACUUUUUGCGGAACAUAAUGAUCUUCAAUAUGCUGCCCCGGGUGGUCUCAUUGGAGUUGGAACAAAGAUCGACCCCACCUUGUGCCGAGCUGACAGAAUGGUGGGACAAGUGCUUGGUGCAGUUGGAGCUUUACCUGAAAUAUUCACAGAACUGGAAAUUUCCUAUUUCCUGCUUCGACGUCUUCUGGGUGUACGUACUGAAGGAGACAAGAAAGCAGCAAAGGUCCAAAAGCUGUCUAAGAAUGAAGUGCUUAUGGUCAACAUAGGCUCCCUGUCGACAGGAGGAAGAGUUAGUGCAGUCAAGGCUGAUUUGGGCAAAAUUGUUUUGACCAAUCCUGUGUGCACAGAAGUAGGAGAGAAAAUUGCCCUUAGCAGAAGAGUUGAGAAACACUGGCGGUAAGUUUUGUUCAAUUUGCCACUGUCUAUU